UGGCCCCGCCCCCUCCCAGAACCUUCUCUUCAGCUGCUGCUUGUUCCGCCACGCGGUGUCAAGAUGAUCGGCCAGCAAGUCCUAGUGCUCAACCAGAAUGUGAAGAGAGAGUCGGGACGCAAGGUCCAGACUGGAAACAUCAAUGCUGCAAAGACCAUUGCAGAUGUGAUCAGGACCUGCCUUGGCCCACGGGCCAUGAUGAAGAUGCUUCUGGACCCCACAGGAGGAAUUGUGAUGACUAAUGAUGGAAAUGCCAUCCUUAGAGAGAUUCAGGUGCAGCAUCCUGCAGCCAAGUCCAUGAUUGAGAUCAGCCGCACCCAGGACGAAGAGGUGGGAGACGGGACCACUUCAGUCAUCAUUCUGGCUGGAGAGAUGUUGUCUGUAGCUGAACAGUUCCUGGAGCAGCAAAUGCAUCCGACCGUGAUCAUCAGCGCUUACAGACAAGCUCUGGAGGACAUCCUGGAAACUCUGAAGGAAAUUAGCACCCCUGUGGACACGUCAGACCGCUCCAUGAUGCUGAAGAUCGUCCACUCUGCCAUCAACACCAAAGCUCUGAACCGCUGGUCAGAACUGGCCUGCGGCAUCGCCCUGGACGCUGUUCGUACGGUGGAGCUGGAGGAGAACGGCCGCAAAGAGAUCAACAUCAAGAAGUACGCCAAGGUGGAGAAGGUUCCAGGUGGGAUCAUUGAAGACUCGUAUGUCCUGAAGGGUGUGAUGGUAAACAAAGACAUUACCCACCCCAGAAUGAGACGGAUGAUCAAAAACCCCCGGAUCGUCCUGCUGGACUGUUCUCUGGAGUACAAGAAGGGAGAGAGCCAGACCGACAUAGAGAUCAGCAAGGAGGAAGACUUUGCCAAGAUCCUGCAGAUGGAGGAAGACUACAUCCAGCAGAUCUGUGAGGACAUCAUCCGCAUCAAACCAGAUCUGAUCUUCACUGAGAAAGGCAUCUCAGAUCUGGCUCAGCACUACCUGGUGAAGGCAAACAUCACCGCCAUCCGCCGCGUCAGGAAGAGUGACAACAACCGCAUUGCCAGGGCAUGUGGGGCCCGCAUCGUGAGCCGGACAGACGAGCUGCGUGAGGAGGACGUGGGUCUGGGAGCAGGGCUGUUCGAGGUGAAGAAGAUCGGAGAUGAGUACUUCACCUUUGUGACUGAGUGUAAAGACCCUAAAGCCUGCACCAUCCUGCUGAGAGGAGCCAGCAAGGAGAUCCUGGCGGAGGUGGAGAGGAACCUGCAGGACGCCAUGCAGGUGUGUCGUAACGUGCUGCUGGACCCGUCCCUGCUGCCGGGUGGAGGAGCCGUGGAGAUGGCCGUGUCCAAGAGGCUGACGGAGCGUUCCCGCGGCCUGACCGGGGUGGAGCAGUGGCCGUACCGCGCUGUGGCCCAGGCCUUGGAGAUCAUCCCCCGAACCCUCAUCCAGAACUGUGGAGCCUCCACCAUCCGGGUCCUGACAUCACUCCGGGCCAAACACACUCAGGAAAACAGUGUGAGUUGGGGCGUUGAUGGAGAGACCGGCUGUCUGUCCGACAUGUCUGUCCUCGGCAUCUGGGAGCCGCUGGCCGUCAAAGCUCAGACCUACAAGACUGCUAUGGAGACUGCCAUCUUGUUGCUACGCAUCGACGACAUCGUCUCUGGCCACAAGAAGAAGGACAAAGACGAGGCGAUGGGAGGACAGGGAGCAGAGUAGAUGUGUAGAUCCAGGAUGAAGCAGAACAACAUCAGUCCGGCAGCGUGCUUGUGUAUUUCUGUGUGUUUAUGUGUGUGCGGGGACCAGACGCCUCUCUGAAACUUAAUAAUAAAACAACGUUAGGAACCUGA